UUUUGGAUCAGAUAUUGCGAUAGCUUGCUUUGGCGCCUGAUGAUACGGAUGCACUGUGGCCAGGGCAUGAAAAGAAGCGGACUUUGAGAUGUCCAAACCCACCACGGAGGUCGACCUUUCGGGGUUCGGGCUGGAGCGCAUUCAACACAUUGGCCGUGGCCAAUAUGCGAGCGCGCAGCUGGUCAGGGAGACAGCCACCGGACAAACCUUCGUGGCCAAGUGCAUCUCUUUGGCCGCCUUGAACGAGCAUGACCAGGACUUGGCGCAUCAAGAGGUCUUCCUGCUGCAGACCCUGGGCCACCCCUACAUCGUGGCCUAUCGGGACAGCUUCCUCAUCGAGGGAGCAAACACUCUGGUGAUCGUCAUGGAGUAUUGUAGCGGCGGCGACGUGCGGAAGGCAAUCAAGGAGAAGGCAAAGCAAGGGGGUUAUUUCUCCGAGGAGCAGAUCAUGACCUGGUUCGUCCAGCUCUGUCAGGCCUUGCAGUACAUCCACUCGGAGAAGGUCUUGCACCGGGACCUGAAGACCUCCAACAUCUUUCUCUCCGAAGAUGGUUCCAUCAAGCUGGGCGACUUCGGCAUUUCGCGAGUGCUCGAGGGGACCACGGAGGCGGCAGUCACAAUCGUGGGCACGCCCUACUACAUGUCUCCAGAAGUUUGUCGCAGCGAGCCCUACAACUGGAAAUCCGACAUUUGGGCCUUGGGCUGCGUUCUCUACGAGUGUUGUAUGCUCAAGCACGCCUUCGAGUCCUCGUCCUUGAUGGGCUUGGUGUACAAGAUUGUCAGCGAUCAAUACGACCCGAUCCCUGACAUCUACUCGCCCGAUCUCAACGACUUGAUCAACCAGCUGUUGAAGAAGGAUGCCGAGCAUCGACCUUCAAUCAACGAGAUCUUUGCCAUUCCCUACGUGAAGGCAUACUUGGCCUUGCAGUCUGCGCCAGUGCCAGCACCAAGACACCCGGAGCCCAAGCGCAAGAGACGGACGCUGAGGCCCGGGGCGGCGCCUGCCGCUCCGCCGGCGCCCGGUGGCCCCGUGCCGCCGGACAUGCCGCAGGCGCCCCCGGGAGCCCCACCCGGGCCGCCGGGCCCGGGGCCCCCGCUACCCCGGGAUCCGCUGGGAAUGAGUGCCGUGGAACUCAGCUUUGCGGGCGCAGUGGGCUCGCCGGGUCCGGGGCCUCCUCUUCCCCCGGAUCCGCUGGGCGCGAGCGCCGUGGAGCUCAACUUCGACAAGUCCUUCGUCACCUGCUCCUCCAUGCUGCAAGGCAGCGGUGGGCCGCCAGGCUAGACGUGCCCUCGGCUUGCCUCCGAGGUUGAGCACACACAUUCUCGAUAGGACUCGCUUUGCUAGAUCAGUUUCACCGCAGCAGUAGAUGUUGCAGCCCUUGGACACGCGCAAAGCAACGGCGACGAAUUCAUGCAUGUACACGUGCAGCUUGAUGUGAGGU